AUGUCUCAUUCCAUCACCUUCGCGUUCAGCCUCGAUUUCACUGCUUCCUCUGUCAGCGUCCCUUUCCUCGCCCAAGAGCGUCACCCUCGCACCGUCGAGGAAGGCGCCACGCACGGCGCAAACCGCCCCAACGUCCGCUACCCAGAGCGCAACGUCUUGCGGAAGGAAUGCGUCACAUCUGACCCUCCCCUGUCGGUCUUGUCGCCGCCGCCCACGUCGGUCACGUCUAGUCCAUUGACGCCCCGAGAGACGUCCACGGCGCCUGGCGCGCGCCCCUCGAGGGCCACUCUUCGUCGCCCCCAAAACGCUUUCAUACUCUUCCGCACGCACUACCUCAAGGGACUGCGAGCACGAGAGGCCGCAGAACAGGCCCGGCGCGACCCCCAGCAGGUCCUCAGCAGCAGCUCACCUACCACGAGCGACAUCGCCCCCACACUCAUCAACGACGUCACCCACAACUCCGCCAGCGAUCGCCGGCUUGCCCUCCAUCAGGCGGCCAACGCCUGGCGUGCCAUGUCCCCGGCGGAGAGGGAGGCGUUUUUCGAGGAGGCGAGGGCGGCAAAGGCUCGGUUCGUCAGGGAGCUUCCGGCUUUUGUAUGGAAUAAGACGAGGUCCGCCGAGGGAACUCGUCGGGGGCCAGUCGCAGCCCGGCGCGAGCACCCGGCGGCAUAUGAGUUCUUCAAAUGGGAGGAGUGUCAGGCAGGUUCGGAACGUGGAAACAUAUAG